CACGGGUAGCUUUAUUUUACUUUACAAACCGGAGAGGAGGCGCAUUGUUUGAGUGUAGGUUUACCUUCUGGGAGUUGAAGUUCGUGGACGGUUUUCUAAUUGAAGUUUUUGUAGAUUAUUCGGUGCAUCUUGAUUCAAUUGUGUAUUGGUGUAAAACAUUGGCUGCUGUGGAAUAAAGACAGAACUAGUGAAGGAAUCUUUAACAGGUGGUGAUAAUGCUGGUUCUCCGCCUGUCAAGUGAAGAGCCCUUCAGUGAUAACAUUCGGCGAGCCCCUGAGAUAGGCGCUAGUCAAAGCGGAGAAAUCGGGUAGUCCCUGAAAUCAUAGGAACACAGUGCUACCUACAACAUUAAAACUGCUACCGUCGUGUGUGUGUGUGUGUGUGUGUGUGUGUGUGUGUGUGUGUGUGUGUGUGUGUGUGUGUGUGUGUGUGUGUGUGUGCGUGGGUGUGGGUGUGUGAAGGGAAAGGAGAAAUUGUUGAGAGUAAUCACUAUGCAUCUGUUGAGGAAUUCAAGAUCUUGAAGGAAGUUCUAGAUCUUGAAGUAAGUUCUAGAUAUUGAAGGAAGUUGGACAACUAACAAUGGCGGAGUUCGGAUCUCUGGACAAUUUGCUGCAGUCCGAGAGGGUGACGCCUCGAACAACGAGCCCAGACCCGAGGUGGGCCGGCCAGUGCUUUAGUUUCGAAUCUCCUGUUUUUAACAAAUACAACAAGAACAAUAACAGCAGCAACAACAUCAAUAACAACAAUAAUAAUAACGAUAAUAAAGCGUUCUUCUUUGAGAAGCGCCAAAAUCUGGAGGAAUACCUGAGGAAGUCGUUUGGCUCCACUGAUGUGUUAGAAAGGGGAGGUAGAAGAGUUGUCCGGCCUCUGGAAGAGAGGAAUAAAUGGUGCAGUCACUCCGCGCUAGACGGGUUGUCUACCCGAGCGGCUGGGAGCGACAGAGGUGCCGCCUGGAAGGCUCGCCCGGUCCUGUUUGCCAGACUCGAACCUGGACCCACCAAACGCCUCCCUCACGCCCAAUCCUCCGACUGCAUCUUGGGGGUGAGGACCUCAGACGACGCAGACGACGACAAAUUGCGCGCCUCUUCUCUUCGCCAGCGCCGACAAACUUCUCACUCGGACGACAAGUGCGAGGCUGCCGCCAAACGUAGAUCCGCGGCGUCUGGUGGUUUGACGGAUUCUCACGGCAGGGCCGAGUCUAUUGCCAGGGCUGAGGCGAUGCUCAGAGCUGAGCUCAUCGCUAUUUCCACGGGCAGAGCUGUAGCUAUUGACACAACUGAACGUCAAGACGGCGUUUCUGAGUCUACUGGAAAAACGGAGUCUAUUGGUAGAUCAGAUUCUGUUGGCACAAAUAAGUCUGCAGGCAGAGUCGAGUCUACUGGGAAAACUGAGUCUAUUGGUAGAGCAGAUUCUAUCAGCACUGCAAAGUCUAUUGACAGAACCGAAUCUACUGGCAGAACCGAAUCUAUUGGUAGAACAGAUUCUAUCAACAGUGCUCUGUCUAUAGGCAGAAGUGAGUCCAAAGACAGCACUGUGUAUAGCUGUCAGUCCGCGCCGUGUGUAGGUGUUGAGUCAAAGAAAGGUUCCCAAUCAUCCCCUCAAGACCCACACAAGUCUUCGAGUUUUUCCGACAACGCGGAAUCAGCGCCAUCUCUCGAGUCUCUUGAUCAAAAGACAAAAUCUGGGGCAACUCCUAAACCCCCACCAGGCCUCAGGCGCCUACGAGUACGCACCGACAGCGCUGGGCCUGUGUUGAAAUCGAAAGUAGACGAAGGAACUUCCAUCAAGCCUUACCUCUCUUCUGGUUCUUUGCUUGAUGAUUACGGUGAUGAUGAUGAUGAUAUCGAGGGGAGAUCACUGAAAGUCCAACAACCAGAAGAGAAGCGUGCUAGUUCUCCCAUUGUGAGGAACACAGCAGACUCACAGCCUUCGGCUUUUACGCCGCUUUCCGACAGCCUCACGAAGAGCAGACGGAGAAUUUACCACAGAAGUAACGCAGCCUUGUCGCACUCUGGCAGCAAACCGGAUGUUCUAGUGGCAGCCGAAGCGACUCGAGCCCAGCCACCGGAAAAACACAACGACAACGACGCUGCUCUCGCCGCUGAUAACAUCUCCCCAGACGUGAAAAACGCCUCCAUGACUGGUGCGCCCAGACCUGGUCUCAGGAAGGCUGUAGCGGCCAGCACGCCGGAGUUCAGUCGGCGCAGUCUUGACGCCACGUUAGUGGAGAGGUCAAAGACCUCUAGGAGAUCCCUGGAUGCCUCCACAAGGUACUCCAGUCCUGCAGCCACAUCAACGUCUCUUAUCGUCGAGAAGUCUGACGUGUUACUGUUAAACACGUCCGCCGAGACGGAGGGCUUUGAUGCGAAUGAGAACAGCACCACUUCUUCCAUCAGCGACAUCUCCACCAUCGAGGAAGAUUCUACAACAGAAAGCCUCAGCCCUGACCUCAAGUCGACCAACGUGAAGCGCACUCUGUCGUUCCGCGAGGACCACAAACCUGGCAGACGAGACACGUUCAACAUGACGUCAGAGGAACUAGCCUUCGCUUCCGGUAAACCCGUGUCUCCAACAACCGGCUGGGAUUUCAAGGUCAUCAAACGCCAAAAAGCGAUAUGCAAAUCUCUGGAUUCCGGCCUUCAAGAAUCGUCCCCGCCUAUAUCGGAACCGUUACAAAAAAUGGUGACGUCGAUGCACCAUCUGACGAUAGCCCGAGCGUCCAAAUCCAGCCCGACGUCCCCCCGGUCCCGGAAACCUCCACGCUCCCCGCGGGCCUCCAAAAACGUUCUCUCCUUCCCCUCCAUGGUCUCAGAGGUUCUGUCCCCGACAUGCGACGUGCCGUGUGCGACUCCCAACAAACUCUUGCACAAGCUCGUGCGACGGCUCAGCCUCAAACGGAGGACCCACAAAGAACCAAAGACGAGAAGCUCUGCGGAGAUAGAGAGGAGAGGGAGUUCGCCACUUCUAGGGGAUCCCAGAGCCAUCCGCAAGAGAAUGAGCUCUCAGGAUUCGGGGAUGGCGGAUGAUCUGAAUCUCACGGACGCCGAGCGGACGCACUCUAUUGACCUCGUGCACGAGAGCCUGUACCGAGGGCUGUUACGCUGCCUACUGCACCCUCUGGGCGCCACAGAGACGGAGGUGGGGUUCAGGCCCGGGGAUUUGGUGGACCACCUGAGGCAGGUUUUCAACGUGGACCAAGACGAUCAUGAGUACUUCGUCAGAGACGAGAUACACAACAAACCCGGGAAAGUUCAGGCCAGUGUGACGGUACUGGAGGCCAAAGACAUGCCGGAUAGGACGGCAGACAGUGGCGGCAUUUAUUGCCUGCUCACGCUGGUUCAGCCCACGCGCCCCGGCAGCAAGACGUACUCACCCAAGAACUCCCCCCGGAACUCCCCAAAGUCCAGCCCCAAACUGCGCAAGUCCCCGCCCCGCUCCCCCUCCCUGGACAGUUACGACGUUCUCAGGACUCACGGCUCAAAGUCGCUCAAGGACCCCAAGUGGAACGAGGGAUUUCAUCUGGAUAUUGACGAGAUACUGACGGACGAGAUUCACCUCUGCGUCUGCUAUCAGGAUGAUGCGUCACUUCCUGCUGACAUGGUCAAACAGCCGGAGAAAAACGGUGCCAUCAAAAGUUUCUUCAAAAAUAUCCUGCAGGCCAGCUCAGACCACGAAAAGCUCAUCCCUGGCUGCAUUGGCAGGAUCAUUGUUCCCAUUCGGGACAUCCCCAGCGAAGGCUGUGACCGUUGGUUUGACCUGUACCCUGUCUGUCGGGGAAGUAAGAGCAAAGCCACGGGGCAGGUCAGGCUGCAGAUUGCUGUGUCCUGUAGGCAGACACAACUGCAAGGCUGUUUUUUCUCUGCCGAGGACUAUCAUCAAGCGUCAUUGAUCGUGCACAAACAUGCAGCAUCGAAUUUGAAGGAUGUGGAAGGAGUAGAUCUCUCAGUUUCGGCCAAGUCCAGACGAAUGCUCAACAUUUUCGCCGUCUCCAACGGAAUCUCAAAACUGUCGCAAAACAUUUUAGAUCUGACGGUCCUUCUAGAGCUGGCCUUCACCCCAAGCACCUCCAGUGUGUCCGAGAAUGUUCUACACCGCGCCAUGGAGGAGCUACAAAUGACCUGGGGCGCAAUGCAUUGUGGGUCCUCGGACUAUCUGCAGAGGAUGCCGCUCUGUGAUGCUGAGAAUCGCCCAGCAUCUGUUAGAACUCGACUUGUGGGAGUCCAUCGGCUCACCUCAGAGGGAUCUGUCGAACGCGCUUGUGGCGAAACUGCAGACGGACGUGCGUGAGUGGGUGGACACUCACCUAGACACCAUCCACGCGCACUCACAGGUCAAGGACGCCGUCAUCCCGGAGGUCGAGAAGCUGGCGGAAGUGACCAACUCUCUGGUCAGUAUCUGCACCCCUCUAGGGGUCGUGGAGCGCUUCUACUCGGCGCUGGGCCUCAAGUAUUACCGCAUCGUCAGUUUUGAGACCGAGCGGAAGACGAAUGGUGCAGAUGUUUUUAUUUUCCAAACCAUUAGAGAAGACAUGGACUACUUCCGGUUGAGCGUGCCAAACUACCAGGAUUGGUUCCAGGAGGCCGUGGUUUUCUGGCUGCACAUGUUCAGAACUGAGUGCACAUGUCGUAUACAGAAAGCUCUGGAGAUUGAUAAAGAUUUUGUCCUGGUCACCUCUCUGGUCAAGUAUUCCAACUCUAGCGUGGACGCCCAGACCUGUUUCAGUGAGAUGAUCUGUGACGGGGCCCGUGUGUAUGCCAGCAAGAUCCAGAACAUUCUGGAGCGGAACUGUUACUAUGACAAGAACGAGGGUCAGUUUGACGUCACAGAUAGAAUCGGUGAGCGCGCUCUGAGCACCUUACAACGACUCAUACGACACGCGCACGAAGACAUCCUCCAUAUGAGUGCUCGUCUCUUGCGGUCCGUGUGUGCAAAGAUGAGUGUCGAAGUGCAGAAGUCCAUGGAGAUUUUCCUGGUGAAGACUCCAGAAAAGCACUCGGUGGGUGUUUGCCCAAACGUCCCGCGUGAACUCCUGUCCGAGUCUGGCGUGGUUCUGUUGUUGUCUGUAAUGGACAGAGACAUGGUCAAGACGGAUGACUUCGCCGGCGAGGUGGUCAUCGCGCUGGACCAGGUUCCGGCCAUCGGCGUCAACGAGACGGUGGACAACUCGCCUGUGGUCAUGAUGCCGCUCAAACGGCCGCAACUGGACGUGGAAGGACCUUUUCAGGUCCUGGAAGAGCGGUCCGCCUGGGACAAAUGCGCCAAGGCCUUCGUCCGUGAGCGCAGACGAUUCAUCGAGAACCAGCGGCAACCCACGGACACGGUCAAGGACAAACUCUCCAGCUUUUUCAAGUUCUGGAGCAAGAACCAAUCACACGACGAGUUCACCUGAACGCCACGCCUCGUCACCGUCGAGACUCCGCCCACAUUCCAAUUUAAUUGUGCGGCAGACAUUAUGACGUCAAAAAGACUCCUCUCUCGUUCCUUGUAAGACGCGCCUGCGUUGAGUCAACUCAUGGAUCUCUCACACUCUUUGAGAAGACAAAAAUCUUGUUUUGGUGUCCGGGAGACUGCGAUGUCAACCAUCCACCUAUCAAGAAACAAACAGUGUUGAUAGGGGCGUUAAACUUAGCGUCCUUUUAACAUGAUGAUGAGAAUACGACCGUGUGCAGUUGCGAGCGCCGAAAAACUCUUACUAAAACAUGACAAGAUCCUAGAUUUGUUGUGGUGAAACCUAUCGGCACUUAAAUGACCAAAAUUGAGUCGAUAGUGCCGUAAAA